AUGGCCAUAUCACUGCGCAGUUCUUGUGAUCGCGAAGCGCAAUCGGAAACAUCAUUAAACCAGGCAUGUUUGCGGGAUCUACGAACGACUAAUCCCCACGAUGACAAAGACCGUAUUGAACAAACCAAAGGAGGAUUGCUCAUAGACUCAUGUGCCUGGAUUUUACAUAACGAGCAAUUCAAACAAUGGCGCGACAAACCGAGCAGUAGUCUUCUCUGGAUCAGGGGUGAUCCCGGCAAAGGUAAGACGAUGCUUCUCUGUGGCACCAUCGACGAAUUGCUUCGAUCCGUGGGGGAUAAUGCAAAUAUCUCGUUCUUUUUUUGCCAAGCUGCCGACAUUCGAAUCAAUAAUGCUACAGCCGUUCUCCGUGGCUUGAUUUAUUUACUUAUCGAGAAGCAGCCUUCUCUUCUCUCUCAUAUACGAAGUCGAUAUGACCAAGCAGGCAAAGCACUGUUUGAGGACAUAAACGCAUGGAGUGCCCUAUCGAAGGUCUUUACCGAUAUCUUAAAAGAUCCAACUUUACGGAAUACCUAUCUGGUGAUCGAUGCACUCGAUGAAUGCACAACAGACCUCCCUUACCUUCUUGAUUUCCUUGUCCAGGAAUCAUCCGCCCACACGCACGUGAAAUGGAUUGUUUCGAGCCGUAAUUGGCCCGAAAUCGAAGAGCGUCUAGACACUGCUACCCGAAUAGCUCAAAUCUCAUUAGAGCUAAACGAGGUAUCUGUUUCCGAAGCCGUGAAAAAUUUCAUUCAACACAAGGUUCGCCUAUUGGCGAGGGUCAAAAAGUAUGGAGAUGAAACCCGUGAUACAAUCUGCCGUCACUUAUCGUCAAACUCACAAGGCACUUUCCUUUGGGUAGCUUUGGUAUGUCAAGACCUUGAUAGAACAUCGCGGAGGCACGCUCUCAAGAAGCUGGAAGCAUUUCCUCCUGGAUUAAAUGCUCUAUACGGUCGGAUGAUUGACCUUGUUCGCAAAUCGGAAGAUGCCAAGCUUUGCAAGCGAAUACUAGCCAUCAUGUCAAUAGUGUAUCGGCCUAUCGCGCUUGACGAACUAAGUCCCUUGAUCGAAUUCCCUGACGAUAUCUCCGAUAACUACGAAGCUCUAUCAGAGAUUAUAGCGAUUUGUGGCUCGUUCCUGAGUUUCCACGAAGGCACUAUAACAUUCGUUCACCAGUCUGCAAGGGAGUUCCUACUGAGAGAAACGCGAAAUGAGAUAUUCCCUAGAGGUAUAGAAUCUGAACACGAUACACUGUUCUCGCGAUCCCUACAAGUCAUGUUUAAGACACUUCGACGCGAUAUCUUUGACAUCAAAUUUCCCGGAUUUCCGGUUCAGAAAAUCACACAACCUAGUCCGAAUCCAUUAGCAGCUGUACCAUACGCGUGUGUCUAUUUGGUUGACCAUCUUCAGGAUGCUUGGAGUAAUAAAUACGAUGAUCAUAUCCUUGAUGAGAGAGGGAAAAGUGUGAUCGAAAAGCGCUUCGACCCCGAAUUCGAGACGCAUCCCGAUUCAUUCUCUACCACAGACUACCAAUUGAAAGCUGCCCCCUUCAAGGUCUGGGAUCCAGCCAACGGUCAGUGCACCUUGAUUCUCGAGGGGCAUAAUGGUUCAAUUUACUCGAUCACUUGGUCACAAGAUGGGAGUCGACUUGCAUCAGCGUCUUUCGAUAAGACAGUCAGGAUUUGGUAUCUAGCUUCCGGUCAUUGUAUAUUCACCCUCAAGGGGCACACUGGCCCGGUCAUGACGAUUGCCUGGUCACACCAUAGUGGUAGGCUUGCAUCAGGAUCAGAUGAUAACACAGUCAGGAUCUGGGAUCCGGCCAACGGCCAGUGUAUAUGGACCCUUAAGGGGCACAAUGGACCGAUCAUAUCAAUUGCCUGGUCGCACAAUGGAAUCCGAAUUGCAUCAGGGUCAAACGAUAAAACAACCAGGAUAUGGGAUUCGGUUACCGGUCAGUGUAUCUUCUGUCUCGAGGGGCAUAGUGACCCGGUCAUAUCUGUUGCCUGGUUACAGAAUGGGAACCGCCUUGCCUCAGGAUCGCGUGAUCACGUAAUCAGACUCUGGGAUCUGGCCACUGGCCAGCGCGUAUCAACCCUCGACAAGCAUACACAGUGGGUCAACUCAAUUGCCUGGUCGCAAGACGGAACCCGAAUUGCAUCGGGAUCAGAUGACGGAACGGUCAAGAUCUUUGAUAUGGUCACUGGCCAUUGCAUUUCAAUUCUUGAGGGACAUAGUGCUCCAGUGGUGUCAAUUGCCUGGGGGUCAGAUAGAAGCCGACUCGCAUCAGCAUCCUGUGAUAAGACAGUCAGAACAUGGGACCUGACCACCUGCGAGAACGUCUCGCCCUCUGAGCGGCACACUGCCUGGGUCACGAAAAUUGGCUGGUCACACGAUGGAAGUCGACUCGCAUCAGCGUCCUUUGAUAAGACUGUUAGGGUCUGGAAUCCAGCCACCGGCCAGUGCAUAUCAAUCCUCAAGGGGCAUAGUGGUCCGGUUAUGUCGAUGGCCUGGUCACACGAUAGUCGCAGACUCGCAUCAGCAUCAGGAUCAGGUGAUUACACGGUUAGGGUCUGGGAUCCGGUCACCGGCCAGUGUACAUCAACCCUUGACGGUCAUAGUCAGCAAGUCAACUCAAUUGCAUGGUCGCAAGAUGGAAGACGCCUUGUUUCAACGGCCUUUGAUUACACAAUCAGAGUCUGGGAUCUAGCCACCGGCCAGUGCACGGUAAAACUGGAGGGGCAAAGUGGCUGGUCGAUUGGUUGGUCGCAAGAUGAAAGCCAAUUCGCCUUAGCUUCCUUGAAUAAUUCGGUCAGGAUCCUAGAUUCCUCCACUGGCCAGUGCGCGUCCACCCUCAAGGGGAAUAAUGGUCCGUUCAUGGUGGUUUCGUGGUCAAAGGAUGGAAGCAGACUCGCAUCGGGAUCGAGUGAUAAAUCGAUUACGGUCUGGGAUCUGACCACCGGUCAGUGCGAACGAACAUUGCCUAUCCACUCCCCUGACUUCCUUCAGUUCGAUGAACUCGAGCCUAAUCUUCUACACACGGCAAUCGGUGCAAUCAAUCUAGCACCCACUGGCUCUGUCAAACCCACUCUCCACUCCUUGCAGUUGCCAGAUAUCUGUGGAUUUGGCUUGAAAGAUGACCAUUCCUGGAUAACUUAUAAUGGUGUUAACCUCUUAUGGCUGCCCGUGGACUACCGACCGGUCCUACUCUCUCUUUUUGCUAUAUCUGCAACAACCGUUGCAGUUUGCUGUCCAUCAGGUCGUGUCAUAUUCCUCGCGCUCUCAGAGCUCAAUCCUCUUUCUGUUGUUUGA